GUCUUUAGGAGGACUGCCACUACCAGGAGAUCCUGUGAGCGGUGUAGGAAGGAUGUAUUGUUCAGUAAAGGAUCUCGAGAGUGGCUGUCCUCAUGUAGACCAGGCACCAGAUUCAAGGAAUCAAUCAAUAUUUUGCGACAUGCCCAUUUGACUUUGCAUUUUGCUGAAACAUGAUUUUAUGUCAUCAUUCUUGCGUAGCCUGGAAGCAUUUGUAACAAACAGUUUAGUGUUUGUUUUGUUUAACGACACCACUUAAUCACAUUGAUGCAUUAAUCAAAGUCUAAUGAAUGUCUACGUUUUUCCAAUAGUAGCAAGGGAUCUUUUAUAUGCACCAUCCCAUACACAGGAUAGCACAUACCACGGCCUUUGAUAUACCAGUCGUGGUGCUCUGUCUGGAAAGAGAAAUAGCUCAAUGGUCCCACCGACGGAGAAUGAUCCCAGACCAAAGGUGUAUUAGUGAAUAUGACAAAAAGAAAGGUCUACCAUUGUGUAUAAUGAACAACAUCAUAUCUGCAGUUUCCCAUGACAAGCGAGUUGAUAUAUUUAACAACGUCAGUAGGCUCCAAUCAGUGCUGCCAAGUGUUCAGUUACCAGUGCGACUUCAAACGGUUCUGUGAUCUUCCGUUCGCUAAACUCGAAUCCACAGGAGCCUGCACACCAGGGACGUAUGGUUUGGACUGCAGCUACACCUGUCACUGUACUACUAACUGCAAUGGUGUCACAGGCUGUUCCGGCAGAUGUCAAAGAGGAUGGUCUGGACCCAAAUGCAAUAAGGAAAACAUAGCUUUGGAUAAAGGAACCAGCCAGAGUUCUUACUGGAAAACUCGGGUAAAAUCGUCACGUGCUGUAGAUGGGAGUCUCCAGACGCGUUUUGGUGACCAUUCGUGUAUCCACACAGCAAUUGGACGUCCGUUCACCUGGUGGCAGGUAGACCUGGGCAGUGAAUUAUACAUACACAAGUUAGCCAUUCAUUUAAGGACAGACUCCAAAAGUCGCAGAAAAGGCGUUACUGUGUACAGCUCAGUUGCUGAAAACCAAACAAACACUGGUCACCUGUGUGGUUCAACCACAUCAACCAGUCCAGAUGUGACGUGGAUGACAUGUGACGAUACAGCUAGAUACAUCACACUCUACCGAAAUGACAGCAGCAACAGAGACACGGCGAUGACCUUCUGUGAAGUCCAAGUAUUUGUCUGUGUUGCUGGCACUUUCGGUGAUGACUGCAGUCAGUUCUGUCACUGUCGAGAUGGACCGUGUAACUAUGUAACUGGAGAAUGUUCGGGAGGAUGUAAACCAAACUGGACUGGACAGACGUGCAGUGUCUGUGUUGCUGGCAGUUUCGGUGAUGACUGCAGUCAGUUAUGUCACUGUCGAGAUGGACCGUGUAACUAUGUAACUGGAGAAUGUUCGGGAGGAUGUAACCCAAACUGGACUGGACAGACGUGCAGUGUCUGUGUUGCUGGCACUUUCGGUGAUGACUGCAGUCAGUUCUGUCACUGUCGAGAUGGACCGUGUAACUGUGUAACUGGAGAAUGUUCGGGAGGAUGUAACCCAAACUGGACUGGACAGACGUGCAGUGAGUGUGAUUCUGAACAUUAUGGUCCUCUGUGCGAAAAACCUUGUUCCGACAGACACUGUGAUGAAUCACGUGGUAAAUCAUCAUGCAACAAAACGAGUGGACGGUGUGAUAACGGAUGCACAGCAGGAUGGAAUGAACCAGAUUGUACAAAGGGUUGUGAUUCAAAGCAUUACGGUGUGAAUUGUGAAUCGUUGUGUGAAGACAGACACUGCAAUGGUGAACAACUCUGUCACCAUGAACUAGGAUAUUGUAAUGGCGGAUGUCUCACAGGGUGGACUGGACUUACCUGUGUUGAAGCUGUCACUGGUCCCGAAGACAACAGGGAUUCUAUCACCAUCAUUGCUGUUUCCGUGGUCGCAGCUAUUCUUUUUGUGCUACUUAUUGCCAGUGUUUUGUGGCACUUUAGAAGUAGGAAUUCUCAACGCAAAAACGUCGCUCGUCCAUUCAUUUCUUGCACGUCACGUGAUCGAACGGAAGCAGAGGCGAAUGGCCUUGACAGUGGGAGUGACUAUGUUAAUGCAGGCCAAACCAAUGAAUAUGAACAGCUCGAUGUAUUGAACUCGCCACAGAAUGAUUAUGAUAAAAUAACAGGCGUUUAGAUUGUUAUUGUUGUUGUUGUUGUUGUUGUUGUCAAACAUUGGCCAAAUUGAUGAGAUUAUUCUGGCGAGCGCUAGACAAAAAAAUAUUACUAUAAAAUAUUCAAAGGCUUAUUAGAUAUUAUACGGUAACGCCAGAUCAAUCAUAUAAGAAAUAUAUGAUUGUGUCCAUUUUUGGCCACAAAAUGGCCAACAUGGCAACUUUGUCUUAAGUAGGGCCAAUAUGACUGCUAUUUGUGGAAUCAGCACCAAUGUGUACAUAAAGUAGGCUUUUCAAACUUUCCUUACCUAAAAGUCUGAUUAAAAUCACAUACCUCUUAAUCUGUAUUUUUGUGCAUAAAAUAUCUAUGGCUGUACAUUAAAUGUGUUACUGAUCGUCCCAGUGUUUGUAUUAGAGUCAAAUUUCAGUUUGUGUCCUAACAUACGAAAUUAUUGAACUGAACGGGGUUGACUUUUGGUUGCGUCUUUAUCUCAGUUUUAGGGUUAAUAUUCAAAUUCCUCUAAAUCAGACACCCUAAGGACCAAGUAAACAGUCCGGUUUUAAGAGGUAUCUGCACAUAUAAUUAAAAAGGGGCCAUGAAAAACGUCCGGUUUUGAGUGAAUUCCGGUUUACAGAGGGUCCGGUUUUGAGAGGUUUCACUGUAAUUGAAAACAUCUUACAAUGUCUUAGAGUACACAGGACAGUAUUUUUAAUACUUAAUCACACUAUAGGUAGUACUAUACCAAAUAACUUCCGGCUGGGUCAAAGUUCGAGGUGCACCAAACUUUUGAUAGAGA